CAGGAAAUCCCACUGUGCAGGACAGGGUGAUCAAUUCCAAUGAAUGUCUUGAGUUGCUUUGAGCCUCAGGUGGGACUGGACAGAAGCCACUUCAAUGGUAGGUGUCCGACAUGGCAGCUUCAUCGAGGGUGCCGACCAAUUCGAUGCAAGUUUUUUCGGUCUUUCGCCUGCCGAAACGCAAGCCCAAGAUCCACAGCAGCGACUCGUGCUAUCGACGUCUUACAAGGCGUUGGCAGCCGCCGGUCACGACCAGGGGACGCUCCAAGGGGCGCCAAUGUCAAUUUUCGUUGCUUUAAGCAACCAGGACUGGUAUCACUGGUCUCUAAACGCGACUCCGACCGCAUACACAGGCACUGGAGUGUCUGCUGCUUUAGCAGCGAAUCGGAUUUCUUUUGCGCUGGGCUUGCGCGGGACCAGUGCCACCAUCGAUACUGCAUGUUCUUCGUCUUUGACAUCUAUACAAGCAGCUGCAGAGAGUCUUCAACGCCCCUCGCGACGUGCAGGUCCUGCAUGCAGAAGAAGACUAAGGGAAUCCGUCGCCGCUGGCUGUGAGCUAUUACUUGGGCCAAACUCUGUACUUCUUCGGUCAUCUGCCAGCAUGCUAUCGCCAACCGGGCGUUGCCAAACCUUCAAUGCCACGGCCGACGGAUACGUCAGGGGCGAAGGCUCUGGGGCUAUCCUGCUGACAUUGGGAGAGGAUCCAUCUUGGGCUGGAAGCCAGGUCAUGCUGUGUGCAUCGACCACAAACCAGGAUGGGCGCAGCACGAGUCUUACUGCACCAAAUGGGCAGGCGCAACAGGAGGUGUUGCUUGAUGCUUUGUGGAUGGCGGCAGUGCCUGCAGCUGCUGUCAGCUUCGUGGAAUGCCAUGGAACGGGGACAGCUCUGGGAGAUCCCAUUGAGGUUGGAGCUUUGCGAAGAGUCUUGGGAGCGCACAAAGAGGAGAAGCUAUGGCUUGCUGCUGGAAAGAGCAACAUGGGUCAUUUAGAGGCAGCAGCUGGAUUGGCAGGUCUUGCCAAGGCCAUGUGUUGUCUGCUUCAUCGGGCUGUUCCGCCAAACCUGCACUUUGCAUCGCUGAACCCCCACAUUGAGCUGGACAAAUCAUGCCUGGCGGUGCCGUGCGGAGUGAGCCAGCUCUCGCAAUCUGGACAGAUGAUUGCAGGUUUGUCAUCGUUUGGCUUUGGUGGAACCAAUGCACAUGCACUCUUGAGAGUUGCCUCCCAAGCUCGCCCAGAACCUGUUGCUUGCAUGAAAGUUGCCAUGCUUUUCACUGGCCACAAUCGCUUCAGGCCUGGACAAUUCCAGGAGUUAUACACCGCGAAUACGGCCUUUCGUGUUGCAAUGGAUCGAUGCGCGAAGCUUUGUUCUUCUUAUUUGGAGCAUUCGCUGUUGGACGUCCUUUUUUCAGCAGAGGAUCCGAUGGGACGAUUAAGUUCUUCUGCUUUGUAUUCCUUUACAGCUACUUUCUGUCUACAGUAUGCUAUGGUGGAUAUGUGGCAAGCUCGUGGGGUACGGCCAGUGGCAGUGCUUGGGCAUAGUCUCGGAGAGUUCGCAGCAGCCGUAAGUGCUGGAGUCUUCUCUCUGGAAGACGGGUUGCGCUUGGUGGCUGCAAGAGGCCGACUUCUUGAUGAAAAGUGCAGCAAAGACGAGGGCCGCAUGGCUGCGAUUUUUGCGCCUGCCAAUGAGGUCCAAGCCAUUGUGGAUGAAUACCAAGAUCUAUCAGUUUCUGGCAUCAACAGCCCAUGCCAAACAGUGGUGUCGGGUCGAAAGGAUCAGGUGGAGGCGAUUUGCAAGCGCUUCCCGGAGAAAAGCAAGAUACUGGGAUCGCACUAUGCCAUGCACUCCGACUUGGUGUCAGAUGUACGCGCAGGAGUCAAGGAAGAGAUCAAGGCCUGCACCUUUGCUCCUCCGACAAGCGGAAUUUCCUUCGUGUCUUCCAUGACGGGUUCAGUUGAGAAGGAAGAAGUCACGAAGGAGGGCUACUGGUUGAGCCACGACUCUGCAAAGCCUGUGAAUUUCUGGGCUGCCGCGAAGCACCUAGAAAAGAUUGGCUGCAAUGCGUUCAUCGAGAUAGGCUCCAGACCCGUGCUAACUCGUUUGGCGCAAACCUUUUGCCAGGUACCAGGGGCCAUGUGGCUCACAACUCUUGAGCCGGAACGCGAGGAGACCGAGUCGCUGCUCUCCACUUGCCGCGCAUUGCAGGGUGUCCAAAGCAAGGGCUGUGAGUUGCAGCCACAGCGAUUCCCCUGGGUGAAACCGCUUCUACAUCCUUUGCUUGGCUCGCUGCAGCAGACUGGGCAGGUUUGCAGCAUCCAAUCCAAGACCCUACUCCGUGAUGCCGACGCUGCGCCACCGGCGGUUCGCCUCUUCCGUCAACACCGCGUUGACGGAGAAGCUGUGCUGCCUGCAGCAUCGCACCUCUUAUUGAUGGCAGCUGGUCAUCUAAAAGUAGAUCAUGAGACAAAUGGUUCAAAGUUGUCUUUGGGGGCGAGCUAUUUCGUUGAGCUUGAGGACAUCACUUUCGAGCAGCUCUUUGCUUUGCCCGGUCCUUCGGAGGAAGCUGUCCAGGCUGAAGUUCGAAUAGAGCCUGAAGGGGGCGAAGGUCUCCAGCUCCGAAGUCGAACCCCCUCUAUCCCCUCAGAGUACAAGAUCCACGCUCGCUCCAGACGUGCCCGAGUGGUGGGGGGACCAGGAGCCCGCGGAGCCAUACUGCAGCAAAGCCUUACCGAGUGGAAAAGCAAAUGCAAGCUGCGCGGGCCUGAUGCCUACAGGACUUUGGAACUUCGCAAGCUUCAGUAUGGGCCCAGCUUCGCCACCAUUGUGUCCUGGUCUUCGUUUGAAGGACAUGCGAUGGCGCACUUGAGCUUGUCUUCUGCUGAAGCAUGGGAAUACUCCAUUGGCUUGUUACACCCUGGGAUUCUGGACGGUGCCUUUCAGCUUUUGGUGUUGACCCACAGCACCUUGCAUCAAGAGGUACCAGAGACGGACACUCUCUUGCCUUUCAGUGUUGCCAACUGCGUCCUUGGGUCCCCAGCGGAGCUGACAGGAGAUUGCUGGGCCACAGUACAUGUCCAACGCCAUGCACAGGAUUUCGUGACGGGAAUUGUUGAGGUCUCCAAGGAUGGCUUGCUCAUCGCACGCCUCACUGGAGCAACCAUGCGCUGUCGAAAAACCAGGGUGCCAGUGGCGAAGCAAGAAGCGAAUCCUAUCGACGUGACUUUUGAGCUUUCAUGGGAUCCCUGGACACCACAGUCCUCUGAUCAAGGGCUGCUUCGGCCGAAGGCACUUCUAUGCUGCUCUGAGGAGAACGCGGGAUGGUUGCGACGAUCGCUAUUGUGGGACUCUGAAUGUUGUCAUCAGGUUGCUGAUUUGAGCACGAUUGGUGAGAGAUUGCGUGCUGAAGAGUUUGACAAGCUGGCUUUUCUAGCAGAAGACGAUCCCAUGGAAUCGCUGGUAAAGGCCCUGACAUUCUUGCAAGUCGUACACCAAGGGUUGCAAGAAGGUGCAACGCGAGUUGAACGUCUCACCGUGCUUCUGGUGACCCAAUGCACUCAGCCGCCUCAAUUGGACCUGAAAACUUAUGAUCCCCGUCACGCAGGGCUUUGGGGUCUCGCUCGAUCAGCACGCUUGGAGUGUGAUUUCCGAGUGGUCCUUCUGGAUUUAACAUGUGAGUACCAAUCAGACGACGCACAAUUAUCAUCCAAAGUGUUCAACGAAGAAGAGGAGGCUUGCAUGCGUGAGAAGGUUCAGUACGUCUCAAGGCUGCGCCGAAGUGAAUUACAGCCUACCUGGCCAAUUCAGAUGAGCCUGCCAAGUCGCGGAAGUCUUUCAGCCUUGACUGCGGAACCACAAGCUCGGAAUUACCGCAGUCCGUCCCACCCAGCACCCGCACCUUUGCUGCGUGUUGCAGCGGUGGGAUUAAACUUCAGGGAUGUCCUCAAUGUCAUGGGGCUGUAUCCGGGUGAUCCAGGCGAUCCUGGUCUUGACUGUAGCGGCAUCGUUGCUCAAUCUGAUGACCGGCUGCCAUUCGACCUUGGAGAGUCGGUUUUCGGCAUCUCUUUCGGCUGUUUGCGAAGCUAUGCGGACAUCAAGGAGCCCAAGCUCUUGGCCAAGCGGCCAUUGAAGUGGUCUUUCACAGAUGCGGCAGCAUUGCCGACGGUCUUCGCGACGGUCGACGAAGCAUUUCGAGAUGCAGAUCUGAAGGCCGGGCAGCGAGUGUUGGUGCAUGCAGGAGCAGGCGGGGUCGGCUUGACUGCUGUGCAAUAUGCUCUUCAACUUGGAGCUUUGGUUUAUGCCACUGCAGGGCGUCAGGAGAAGAAGCAGCAUUUGCUGCAGAUGGGUGUGAAGUUCGUGGCCAAUUCGCGGGACGGCAAGAUGUUUGAAGAAGAGCUCUGCAGCGAACUGGCAAACGGAGAGAAGAUGGACGUUGUGCUCAAUUCCCUGAGUCAUGAUAACUUUAUUGGACGCUCCUUAGCCUUCCUUCGCGAGGGUGGCACUUUUGUGGAGAUUGGAAAGCGGGGUAUUUGGACGCAGGAGCAGAUGCAGCAGCAACGACCGGACAUUGUAUACAAGGUACUGGCGAUGGACACAAUUUGUGAGCAAGAGCCAGAUCGCUUCAACUCCUUGAUGGUACGGCUUGUGAAGAGGAUGGAGACGGAUUGGACAGCCUUACACUGCCAAGUCUUCGAAGGUUUGUCUCAAUGCUCGGAAGCACUCCAAGUUCUCCGAAAAGCAGAGAAAAUUGGAAAGCUCGUCAUUUCCGUUCCCCCUUUGGUACAUGAUGGAACGUAUGUCCUGAGCGGCGGAACUGGUGCGCUUGGGCUCUUCGUUGGACGAGCUUUGGUGGAAGAAGGUGCACAGGAUCUGGUCCUGAUCUCACGAAGUGGCGGAAAGGAGCUGGAACUUCAGAGGUCCGCAGCCAAAGUUCAAAUCUGGCAAUGUGACCUGGCUUCGAAUGAAGCGGUUGAUGUCUUGAAAGCACAGCUGGAGCGUGCACAUAGCACACAAGCCAUCAAUGGAGUCUUUCACUUGGCUGGGCUUCUGCAAGAUGGCAUGCUUGGCCGUUUGGGACGAGCUGACCUGGAAGCAGUCUUUGGCCCGAAGGUCUAUGGACUGAAGGUCUUGAAACACGUGUUUGGUGAGAAGUUGGACUUUCUUUUGAGUUUCUCUUCCACAGCCUCCAUUUUUGGAGCUGCUGGGCAGGGGAACUAUGCAGCAGCUAAUGCAUGCAUGGAUGCUUGGAUGUACAAAUGGCGUCUUGAAGGUCUCAAUGCGACAAGUCUUCAGUGGGGCGCGUGGAUGGACAUCGGCAUGGCAGCGCAGCACGGCAGUUUCAAACACCUCUCACAGCAGGGAAUCUCUAGGGACUUAGGCAUGGCUAUGAUAGUAUCCGUGCUUCGAACGGGAUGCUCUUUUAGCUCUCUCAGCUGCGCAAAAGUGGAUUGGAAUGCUUUCCUCAAGCCAGUGGGCUUUUGGCCUCCAAAAUGCUUCUCCUACAUGCAUGUGGAAAAGGACAAUGGACAGAGAAGCCUUGAACAAACAAUGGAUGGGCAAUUCAAAGCUGUCCAGACAUUGGAAUGGGUUGUAUCUGUGGCAUUUGAUGUCAUCGGCGAGCUGGAAGCAGACGAUCCAUUGAUGUCUGCUGGCAUGGAUUCACUAUCCGCUGUGGAGUUUCGUCGUCGGCUUUCAUCUGAGAGGGACAUCAACUUGCCAAGUACUUUGGCCUUCGACUACCCAACAGCUCGAGCGAUUGCUGGAUUUGUGGACUUGCAGAGCAAGCCGAUCCAAGGUACUCAAAGUGCCUUCGAGCCUUCCACGGUUCAAAGCAUCUACUUCACUGGCACAGCUUGCCGAUUUCCUGGAAGCACAGCAAGCUCACCCCAACAAGCUUGGGAACAUGUCUUCAAGAUGCAACUUGAUGCAGUGGCCGAGAUCCCAUUGCAACGCUUCGAUGUCAACGAGUUCUUUGACAGCACAGGAUCAGGUGUUGGAUUUGUCACGUAUGCUAGGCACGCGAGUUUCAUUGACGGAGUUGACCUCUUCGACAACCGAUUCUUUGGAAUUUCCAGCAAUGAAGCAGCUGCCAUUGACCCGCAGCAACGUCACAGUUUGGAGGUCGCAUAUGCUGCGUGUCACGCUGCGGGUCGAUCUCGAAAGCAACUGAUGAAGACGUCGACGGGAGUCUUCGUCGGGCAAUGUGCGAACGACUGGGGUAAGACCUCCAAGGAGCGAAAGGCAGGGACCUUCAUGGGUCCUGGAACCCACGCCAGCAUCUCCGCGAAUCGCAUCUCGUUCUGCCUUGGGCUUGAGGGUGUUAGUGCAACAGUGGAUACGGCGUGCUCUUCAACCCUGGUUGCCUUGGAUUUAUCUUUGCAGCGUUUGGACCACCUGGAUGCUGUCAUUUGCAGUGGAGGUCAGAUCAAUUUGAUCGCCGAACCUUUUGUCGCCUUCUCGAAUGGGCGACUUCUCUCUGCAAGUGGUCGCUGUAGAACCUUCGAUGCUUCGGCAGAUGGAUUCACAAGAGGUGAAGGCUUUGGAGCCUUUUUUUUGACCAAGGAUGGGCCGAGUGUAGUGGCCCCAGCUGGCUCCAUGGCAAAUCAGGAUGGGCGCAGCUCCUCCUUGACCGCUCCAAAUGGACCUGCGCAGCAGCGAGCGAUCACAGGGGCCUUGAAGCUGGCAGGCGCAGCUGGUACAGACAUUGCAGCGGUCGAGUGUCAUGGUACUGGAACUGCACUGGGGGAUCCCAUUGAGGUCGGGGCGUUGCGAGGAACUCUUCGUGAAAACCGGCGAGAUGAAUUGGCACUGAUGGCCGGCAAGACCAAUGUUGGGCAUUUGGAAGGGGCAGCUGGUGCUUUGGGUUUGGUGAAGUGCAUCAAGACAUUGGAGCAUGUUGAGGUGCCGCCCAAUGUGCACCUCGAAAAGCUGAACCCCCACAUUGACCUGAAGGACUUUCUGGCAACGGUGCCUUGUUCCUCCAAGCCAUUGACUGCUGCCUCAGCACCUAAGGUUGGUUUGUCCUCUUUCGGCUUUGGUGGUACCAAUGCCCAUGCCAUCCUAGGGGUUCAAGAAUCAAGUGAGAGGACCAACAGAGCGGAAGAACUGCCAGAACUGAAUUUCCGCAGUGUUUCUUUCCCGUGCCUGGCAACAGUGCCCCGUCUUCUUUGUCUCUGCCGCAGCGGCCAGGAGAAAACAUUCGAGGUGCAACUCGACCUUGAUCUGGCGAAGUUCAGCCGGACGGUCCAUGACAAGAUACUGGUAUCCUCGUCGCUGUUUUUGGCCCUUGCCAUAGAGGGGUGCCAGCGCAUCAAGCAACAGGCAGCACAGCUGAAAGGAGUGAGAAUCACCGCACCACUUAUUUUGCCUCCUGAAUACGAUGGCCACAUCUGGCUGCGAUUGUCCAUCAGCGAGCAACAGUUUGAAGUUUGCAGCAGGCAUCGUUAUUCUCAGAAGGCUUGGCUGGUGCAUUGUGUUGGUCGCUUCAGCGUGCAGGCUGCCACACGGCCGCCAGCAGGAACGCUGAAUAGCUUGAGCAUCCUGGGAUCUUCAGGCCUGCGACAGAGGCCAGCCCCACAACGAGGAAGCGAAAGCUUUGAGGCGUUGUGCCGAUCAGCUGAGCCUGUCGACGACUCGUUUGAGGAAUUGAAGAGAAAGGCAACGGAGCAGGGUUUGCAGCUCUGCGACGACAGCGUCGCGUUGCUGAGUGACGUUCACGUUGGCAAGGGAGAGAUUUGUGCACGUGUGAAAGUCCCUGCAGAUGUCGCUGCCUUCACGGCACAUCCGGCGCUUUUGGAUGUCUUGCAGACCGCUGUCUUGGCUUUCGCAGUCUUCGGGGAGUCCAAACAGCUCGCGCAGGACCUUACCUCUGUAGCAUCCUUCUCAGUGCCUUCCCAGGAGAUACCGAAAGGCACUGAAUACUUGAUCCUACAUGCUCGUGAGCGACGAUAUGGCAUCAGCCCUGACAGUUUGAGUGCCUCAUGCACCGUGAGUGUGGAUCGAGGGCCUGUCCUGCUCGAUGUCCAGGAGUUGCAGCUCCGGCCAGUGAACUGGCGGCAGGUGUCUCAGUCUCUGACUCCGGUAGCGGAGUCUGAGCUGGCCGUUCCUAGCUUGUAUGAGCUCCAGUGGUCUCCAGCGUCAUCCUCUGGCAGGACUUUCAUAGAGGAAGGUGGCAAGUGGCUCCUCUUCUGUCCUGGAGAUCAAGAGCUUGCUGAAGGAUUGCAGCAAGCCAUUGAGAAGGAGAAGGCACAGAAGACAGACGAGGGCAGAGCACCAGAGGACAAAGAGGAAGAUGACAGUGAUAGCGACAAGGGCAGUGCAGGGAGUGAAGAAGAUGUAGAGGCGAGAUUAUCAGCGUCUUCCUGUGCCUCAAGCGCGCGGAGGUCACCAGUUUCAAAGAGCCCCACGACAAUCUGCACUGAUACGCUGCCCGAAGAGCUUGAGAGCUUCGACAAGAUUUUCCUUUUCGCAUCAGGGCCCCCCAACUCCGAUCGAGCUUUGGAAGUUUUGGCUGCAGCGUUGCUUGUCAUGAAGACGCUCUGGCAAUUAGUGAACAGAUCCAAGCCUGCUGAAAUUUGGUUUGUUGUUGAAGGCACACAAGCCGCGCAGCUUGAAGAUUUGGCAAAGGCUUCCAUCCCUUUCCAUGGCGGCUUAUGGGGUUUGGCUCGUUGUGCAAGGCGCGAGCAACGCUCGGAUUUUGUUGGCUGCAUUGACGCAGGGUGCAGCUCGGGUGUGACUGGCUCCGCCCUGGGACUUUGGCGUCGCUUGCGGAGGGCAUGCGCCAACCAGGAAGACGGUCGUGAGCAAGAGCUCCUAGUUCGGCGCUCCGCUCUUGGUGGUGAGGAGGACAGCGAGGACAGCGAGGACGGCGACGUCGAGCGGCACAUCACCCGGUUGGAGCAGACCAGGGUGAAGGCCCAUGGAGUUUGGCCGCCACCGGCAUUUCCCAGCCACAGCUGGUUCCUGAUCAGUGGUGGUUGUGGUGGCUUGGGCAUUGCGACAGCCGGUUGGCUAGUCACCCAGGGAGUGACGCAUUUGGCACUUUCGUCUCGAACUGGCAAAUGCCAGCAGGAUGGUCCAGAAAGUGCGGACUUGCAGCGUUUGUGCAGCGAGACUGGCGUUCAAGUGCUAUUGCAUGCUUGCGACAUCACCUCACAAGCACAGGUAGACAGUACCCUGCAGACUAUGCGGGCCUUCCAAGAUGUUCCUGUUAAAGGGGUGGUGCAUGCUGCCGGCUUGUUGGAGGACCAUGUAAUAGCCCACAUGGAGCGAAGCCACCUGCAGCCUGUUCUGUCCCCGAAGAUGGAUGGGGCAGUGAAUUUGCAUGCUGCUUUGAGCGGGACCAGCCUGGAUCAGUUUUUGAUGUUCUCUUCCGUGGCAGCACUGUUGGGCUCGCCAGGGCAGGGCAACUAUGCAGCGGCAAACUCGUUCCUGGAUUGUUUUGCACAAUACCGUCAGGCGAAAGGCUUGCCAGCCUUGAGCUUGCAAUGGGGUCCAUGGGCAGAAGUCGGUAUGGCUGCAAGGGGCGGAGUGGGAGGACCCGGAUUUUGGGCACCCAAGAUCGCUGCAGCUGACGCCUUGAAGGCCUUGGGCAGCGUUCUAACAGCACCUAAGUCAGGUCCUUCAGCCAUUGGCAUCACUCGCGUGAAUUGGUCCAUCCUGUUGAAGAGACUCUCUUCAGUGCCCCCAGCCUGGGCCAACUUCAAGAGUCAUUGGGAGCCUCCAGUUGAGCCCAAAGAAGCGAAAGUGGGUCUUGACAAAGAGCAGGAGGAAAGGAAAGGCAUUGGCAUGAACCCAGGAGAGCCGCGAGCACCGCGAUUGCGUGCCAUGGAAGGUGGACCUUGUGUCGAGCGCCAAGACCAACUUGCCGUGCAUUUGCCAGAGGUAUGGGAGGCAUGGGAGGCAUGAGCAGCUUGGGCAUGGGCAGCAUGGGCCUCACUCUAGGACUUUCCUUCGCAGGUGGUGGCGCACUUGGCUCUCGCCUGGGGAGCAGAUUGCCCAUGCAAAAAGGUGAAAGAACAGCUGAAAGCGAUUCGAGUGACGACAGCGAGCCUCCAGCUUCAAAGGGCUUAUAGUAGCGAUGGGAGCCCCUAGUAGCUUCUUGUUCCUAGUAGUAAGGCCAGGAGCCCCUAGUAGCGUCCUUGCUCCUAGUAGCGAUGCCAGGAGCCCCUAGUAGCGUCCUUGCUCCUAGUAGUACGGCCAGGAGCCCCUAGUAGCUUGUUCCUAGGACGCUUCA